AUGCAGCUUCGGUUACAGCGGUCAAAGAGAAAGGCGCCAAUAACAGCCAAACCAAAUCGGGUGUGUCUUCGACUCCCAGCUGCAAAGCAGGAAUUCCAGAUCGUGUUUUCCAACAGAUUUGCGAUGCUCGAACCAUCUGAAGACAUUGAUACAGAAGAAAAGCAAAUAUCAGCGGCCAUCAUCGAAUGUGCAAUUCCGUUGUGUCCUCCAAUUUGGCGUCGGACACAGCAAUGGACAUCAGACGAGUGUCUGGAUCUGGUGGAAAAGCGGAAGAAAGCCAAACAUGCCGAUUUCGAAGAAUAUCGUCGGUUGAACAAGGAAGUCAGAAAGAAGCUAAAAGAAGAGCGGGAAGCCUACUGGAAUCAAGUGGCAGCAGAAAUGGAGGAAGCCGCGUCCAAACACGAAUAUCGGACGUUAUACCAAACCAUUCGACGGCUGGGUGGAAAGACCAAAUCCACGAAUGACAACAUCAAGAAGGCGGACGGUACUUUUGCAAAGUCAUCCGAGGAGCGUCUGCAACGGUGGAAAGAGUUUUUCCAACAAUUAUACAAUCACGAUCGACCUCAGGGACCGCUACCGGAACCACCGCCAAUUGUGCUACCAGCAAACCCAUUUCUCAAUGACGAACCAACGGCUGCCAAAGUCAAAAGCGCCAUCAAAUCGCUAAAGAAUGUGAGUUUUGCUGCAGCACCUCCACGUCCUCCUGGUGCAGAUAUGGCGAUCGGAGAGCAUCCCAAUGGCCUGGAAGAAAGCCAUUAUCAUUCCGAUAUUGAAGAAAGGCGAUAA